AUGUUUGCUACCACUAACGACCUCAGUAUGUGCUCCCGAGCCGUUGCAAAGCCUCCCUGCCCUCAGACAAAAUCCGAGUCUAGCAUUCUCCCGACGAAGCACACUAUCAAUCGCAACAAAAAGCAUCUCUUCAAGGCAACUUCUGUGGACUCUGCCGAUGAGAUUCAGGUCAUCGAAAACCAGCAGGCCGCCAUCCCUAUUCAGACCGCUCACGAUCCUAGACCAUCCGAUCGACACUCGGAUCUCGACAUUGGCAGUGUCCACGCUCACAGACGGAGGUCAUCUCCGCUCUUUGAAAGGCGAAAGAGAGACGACAUCGACCUGCUUGGCGAAUCGAUGGAUAGCAGCGACGACGAAUACAGAGUCACCUCGGCUCGCGACUCGAACGACAGAGGCCGAGGACGACGCAUCAAGCCCUUGCUACAUCGCAAGCAGACCCACCCUCCUCAUCGACAGCAGCGAAGCGACUACAACAUGGCCGACAUGACUGCCUACUCGCCGCGCCUCGGCUAUCCCGUUGAUUGCGGCUACAGUCCCGAUGCAGUCUCUAAGCAAUACACACGAUAUCACAACAACGAAAAUAUGCACAAGCAUGCUCAUCGAUCUCAUCAAGGCCAUGACAAGCCUUUCAACGUCCCUCCUCCCGUGCCCUCUGGGAUUGAGCACGAGGCUAUGGUCUUCGACAAUUUCGAAGACAUCAGCUCCAUCUACUCGGCCUCCGAACAGGAGCAGGAGAACCAAGACCCCUUCGACACUCAUCUCCACUUUGUGCGUCCUGCCAUGCCGAUUUGCACCAAUCCAGGUGCAUUUGUCACACUCGAACCUCUCGUCACUCCCACAAGCUCGUCGAAUGGAGGACUACAAGACACGGAACAAGCGAGCAGUCAAGCGAAACGGAAUCGCCUCGGACAUCACCGAACUGCCAGCGAGCUCUUUCCUACAUGCUCUGCCAACUCCAAGCUGGUCGAUGUCCGAGCUACUCGCCGUCGCGCUACUGUGGGGGCCGAAGCUGCUUACCGCUUUCCAACUUUGAGUCGUCGGGGUGACCUUUCAGCUUGA